AUGAGUGAACAAUCGUCACAGCUGUCACAGCCUACUGACCCGCUUGGAACCAGUGUUGAAGAUCUAUACCUAGAAAGUUAUGCAUUCACCACAGCCGCUGCAAUUGUUGGUUCCGUUGACCGCAAAAUAUUUGUAUUGUUAAGAGACGGCAGAAAUUUCUUUGGCAUAUUAAGAACAUUUGACCAGUUUGCCAAUUUGGUCCUCCAGGAUACAUUUGAGCGGAUAUAUGUGGAAGGGGAGCCCAAAAAAUAUGGCGAAAUCUAUCGAGGCGUGUUUAUAGUGAGAGGUGAAAAUGUUGUCAUGAUGGGCGAGCUCGACAUUGACAGAGAGGACGACCAUUUGGAAACUUUACAACAAAUACCCUUUGAGCAGGCUGAAAAAGAGCAAAAACUUUAUCACGAAAAGCUAAUAAAAGAGGAAAAGACAAAAACAAAGACAUUUUUUGAUAAAGGAUUGAUUUACGAUUUCCAGCAAUCUGUUUUAUACUAA